GCUGAAAUUCGCGUCUUCCUUCAAGCUCUGGACGCGAGCACAGACGGGCCUGUCUACCAAAAACGCUCCGCAAACGUACUCAAUCAUAUUCAAUCAAUCAACUGCAAGGGACACAAGAUUUUUAGACGGAGAAAAGACAGAGCCCGCGUUGACAGAAAAGUAUCUACUCGGUCUGAUAAAACGCUGCAUUUUGAAUUAUUCCGCAUUUACGAACUAGAUUAAAAAAAGCACAAUGCCCGCCCGCUUCCCCGAAAUCGCGCACAUGGAGUCGCCGCUGAUCCAGCCGCCGUCGCUCAACCUGGCGCCCGAAAUCAUCGAGCCGCCGCCCCUGCUGGCCGCCCCCUGGCCCCCUGGCGAGGAGGUGGUCAUCAGCGGCCUGUCUGCUCGUCUCCCUGAGUCUGCCAACAUCGACGAGUUCAGGGAGCAGCUGUUCGCCGGCGUCGACCUGAUCACCGACGACGAGCGCCGCUGGCCUUCGGGCCUGCACGGCCUGCCUACCAGGACUGGCAAAAUCAAGGAUCUGAACAGGUUCGACGCCACCUUCUUUGGCGUGCAUGCCAAACAGGCAAACGUCAUGGACCCGCAGCUGCGAAUGCUGCUCGAACUCACCCACGAGGCCAUCGUCGACGCAGGCGUCAACCCCACUUCCGUCCGUGGCUCCCGCACUGGCGUCUUCAUCGGAGUCUCGGCCAGCGAGUCUGACGAGUUCUGGACCUCCGACCCUGAGCAGGUGAACGGCUACGGCCUCACUGGCUGCUGCCGCGCCAUGUUCCCCAAUCGCAUUUCUUACACAUUCGACUUCUCAGGACCCAGCUACGCAAUCGACACAGCGUGCUCGUCAUCGCUUUUUGCGCUGCAACAGGCCGUGAGCGCAAUGCGCACUGGCCAGUGCGACGCAGCCAUCGUCGGAGGCGUCAACCUUCUGCUGAAGCCUACGUGCUCUCUGCAGUUCCACAGGCUUGGCAUGCUGAGCCCUCAGGGCAUGUGCAAGGCCUUUGACGCCUCCGGCAACGGUUAUGUCAGGAGCGAGGCCGCAGUUGUCAUCUAUCUUCAGAAGGCGAGUGUCUCCAAGAGGGUCUACGCUACUGUCGUCAACGCCCGCACAAACACAGAUGGCAACAAAGAACAAGGCAUCACAUUCCCAUCUGGCGCCAUGCAAAAACGCCUCAUUACGGAAACGUACGCUGAGGCGGGAGUUAGUCCCUGUGACGUCGUGUACGUGGAGGCUCACGGCACAGGCACCAAGGUCGGCGAUCCGCAGGAGGUCAACUCAAUCGCUGACGUGUUCUGCAAGGGCCGCAACACGCCCUUAAUGAUCGGCUCCGUCAAGUCCAACAUGGGCCACUCAGAACCCGCGUCCGGGCUGUGCUCCAUCGCCAAGGUCCUGGUCGCCAUGGAAAGCGGCGUCAUUCCCGCCAACCUGCACUUCCAGAACCCCAACAAAGACAUUCCAGCUCUGAAUGAUGGAAGACUGAAGGUCGUAAGUGAAAACACAUCAUUCCCUGGUGGUUACGUGGCUGUUAACUCCUUCGGCUUUGGCGGCGCAAACGCCCACGUGAUCCUUAAGUCUAACCCCAAGCCGAAGCCCUCUUCGCCACCCCUGCAAAACAACCCCAGUGUGGUGGCCGUGUCCGGCCGCACUGAGGAGGCCGUGCAGGAGUUUCUCAGGGAGGUGGAAAAGAACCAAACCGACCCUGAGUUCAUCGCACUCGUCAACGAGGUCCAUUCCAACAACAUUUCAGGACACGAAUUCCGUGGAUUCACACUCACCGGCACAGACCAGAAAGUGUCCGAAGUCAUGCAAUGGAACGGCGAAAAGAGGCCCAUUUGGUAUGUCUUCUCUGGAAUGGGCUCGCAGUGGGCUGGUAUGGCUCGCGACCUGAUGCGAAUCGAGUCCUUCCAGGCCGGCAUUCGCCGCUGCCACGACGCCCUGAAGCCCCACGGUCUCGACCUCAUCGACAUUGUCACCAACGGCGACGAUGAGACGUUUGAAAACGUUCUCAACUCAUUUGUAUCAAUUGCUGCUGUUCAGGUUGCGUUGGUUGACGUGCUGACCAGUGUGGGCAUCCACCCUGACGGCAUCCUGGGCCACUCGGUGGGCGAGUUGGGCUGCGCCUACGCGGACGGCACCUUCACGCCUGAGCAAACUGUACUGGCCGCCUACUGGCGUGGCCGCUGCAUUCUCGAGUCCAAGCUGCCGCCCGGUGGCAUGGCAGCCGUCGGCCUCGACUGGGAAUCCGUGAAGGCGCGCUGCCCACCAGGCGUUGUUGCCGCUUGUCAUAAUUCGGCCGACAGCGUUACCAUCUCAGGACCCGCCGAUUUGAUUAAAACGUUCGUCAAGAGCCUGACCGACGAGGGUAUUUUCGCAAAGGAGGUCAAGAGCGGCGGCGUUGCGUUCCACAGCCGCUACAUCGCCGAGGCGGCGCCUAAACUGCGUGCCUACCUGGACAAGGUGAUCACCAACCCGAAGCCCAGAAGUAACCGCUGGAUCAGUUCUUCCAUCCCCGAGGACGCGUGGUCAUCCGAGCUGGCCACCUACUCGUCGGCCGCCUACCACGUUAACAACCUGGUGUCGCCUGUCCUCUUUGCUGAGGCCCUCAUGCACGUGCCAGAGAACGCCGUGGUCAUCGAAAUCGCGCCGCACUGCCUACUGCAGGCUGUGCUCAGGCGCUCCUCCCUCCACCCUUCAUGCCUCAACGUGGGACUCGUCAGGAGGGGCCACCCCAACAACCAGCUCUUCCUCCUCUCCAACAUUGGAAAGCUCUAUGCUGCUGGCCUGCAGCCUAAGGUUGGACGCCUUUCGACUGUGCGCCCUAGCUUCCCAGUGUCAAAGGGCACUCGCAUGAUUGCCCCCAUCGUGCGUUGGGACCACAGCCAUGAGUGGAAUGUUGCAAACUUUGGGAAGGGCGCUGGUCGCUCUGGAGAAUGUGUCGUGGAAGUCGACCUGUCCAAGGAAGGCGAUGCUUUCUACGCUGGACAUUGUAUUGAUGGAAGAGUUCUUUUCCCAGCAACUGGCUACCUUACUCUGGUCUGGAGGAUGUUUGCUAAGCUGCAGGGCAAGUCUCCUGAGGACAUUUCGGUUAUCCUGGAGGACAUCCAGUUCCACCGCGCCACUAUCAUGCCCAAGGAAGGCUCUGUCAAAUUUCUGAUCACCAUCUUCGAAAGCUCUGGCCAGUUUGAGCUGAGCGAAGGAGGCUCGGUCGCUGUUUCCGGCAAAAUCCGCCAGCCUGAGGAGCCACAGAAGGAGUACCUGACGCUCAACACUCCCGCCCCAAAACAGGAGAAGGAGCCGCUGCUGCCCCUUGGCACCAACGACAUCUACAAGGAACUGAGGCUGCGAGGCUACGACUAUUCGGGCAUCUUCCAGGGAAUCGCGUCUGCUGAGAACCGUGGCGUCACUGGCACUCUCGCUUGGGUUGACAACUGGGUCAGCUUCAUGGACUGCAUGCUGCAGUUCUCCAUUCUGGGACAGUCCACGCGCGAGCUGUACCUGCCAACGCGUCUGCAGAGGGCCUUCAUCGACCCUGCCAGGCACCGGCAGUCACUGGCCCAAGCUGAAGGAAAGGGUGUCCCGGUCACCAUGUUCAGGGACAUCAACGUGCUGCAGUGCGGCGGCGUGGAGCUGCGUGGCCUCAAGGCCAGUUUGGCGCCCAGGCGUCAGCAGCCAGGCAGCGAGCCUAAGCUGGAGAAGUACAUGUUCGUGCCCUAUGAAAGCAGCAGUGAGCUGACCAAGGCGGCCGCCAUGCAGAUCUGCGUGCACCUUGCCAUCGAGAACACUCCCGCCAUGAAGAUCAAGGCUCUGGAAAUCGUUCCUGAGAAUGCCGACGAGCUGCUGACCACUGAAAUCGUUGAUAUUGUUGAAAAGGAGCCUAUGAUGCAUAUUGAUAUGGUAUUAAACGGCGCCGCUGUCCCUGCCGAUUUGGAGCCAUAUGGCGUCAAGAGCUCCGACAAAAUCCCUGCAGACGCAUCACUCCACUUGAUUGUGUCCAGGAAGGUGCUCUCCAGCGAUUCUGGUCAGCUCCCAGUGCUGGCCUCUGCCAUCAAGGCCGGUGGAUUCAUCCUUCUCAGGGAAGAGAAGGCUGUGGAUGCCCAGAAGAAACCUGUGAUUGAAAAGGCCGGUCUGCAGCUAAUUGCCUGCCAGACCAACAGUAAGGGCAUUUUUGUGCUCCUGCGCAAGCCUUUGGAGACCAACAAUCUUCCUUCGACCAUUGUCAGGGUUAACGGCACCAAGUUUGAGUGGGUCGAGGAGCUGAAGAAAGCAAUGCAGAUCAGCGAGAAGGAGGGCAAUAAGGUUUAUGUUAUCAGCGAGGGCGAGGAAACCAACGGAAUCGUCGGUCUGAUCAACUGUUUGAAGCAGGAGCCAGGUGGCGUGAACCUGAGGUGCAUAUUUGUUCAGAGCGCUGGCGCCCUUCCCAAGUUCAAGGGUGAAAGUGAUGCAAAAUACGCUGCUCAACUGAAGAAAGACGUACUGAUGAACGUCUACCAAAAUGGCACCUGGGGCAGUUACAGACACAUGCCCUUGACCACCAAUGGCGCAACCCUGAGCGUCGAGCACGCCUACAUUAACGCCCUGACGCGUGGUGACCUGGCAAGUCUGAAGUGGAUUGAAGGUCCACUCACAUUCUACAAGAAUGAAAACCAUCCAGGUACUGAGCUAUGCAACGUCUACUACGCGCCGCUGAACUUCCGAGACAUCAUGUUAGCCAGUGGAAAGCUGCCACCUGACGCAUUGCCUGGUGACUUGGCAGGCCAGGACUGCAUCCUUGGCUUGGAGUUCUCUGGUCGCGGCGCCGACGGCCGCAAGGUUAUGGGCAUGGUGCCUGCCAGGAGUUUGGCCACCACAGUGCUCGCUGACCCUGGUUUCCUGUGGGACGUACCUGCCAACUGGACCCUGGAGGACGCUGCAACUGUGCCUGUCGUCUACGCCACUAGUUAUUACGCGUUGGUUGUGCGUGGCCGCAUGCAACCUGGUGAGACUGUCCUCAUCCACGCCGGAACGGGAGGAGUUGGGCAGGCCGCGAUUUCUAUCGCACUAAGCAUGGGUUGCAAGGUCUUUACCACCGUCGGCAGUCCCGAAAAACGUCAGUUCCUGCUCAGGCGUUUCCCACAGCUCUCUGAGGCCAAUAUUGCCAACUCCCGAGAUACGUCCUUCGAGCAGCACGUCAUGUCGGCCACCAACGGAAGAGGUGUCGAUCUUGUGCUCAACUCGCUGGCCGAAGAGAAGCUUCAGGCGUCUGUCAGGUGUCUGGCGUAUGGCGCCAGAUUCCUGGAAAUCGGCAAGCUCGACUUCUCCAACAACAACCCGCUGGGCAUGGCGUUCUUCCUGAAGAACACCACCUUCCAUGGUAUCUUGCUGGACGCCCUGUUCGACGCCAGCGACGCGGAAAAGAAGCAGUUGGUCACCCUGCUGUCUGAGGGCAUCAAGAGCGGCGCCGUCCGGCCGCUGCCGGCCACCGUGUACUCGGAGGCGCAGGCAGAGCAGGCCUUCCGCUUCAUGGGCUCGGGCAAGCACAUCGGCAAGGUGCUGCUCAAGAUCAGGGACGAGGAGAGGGUUGAAAAGGUGAAGCCCACCCCUAAGAUGGUCGACGCCAUCCCCAGGUCGUACAUGAACCCCGACAAGAGCUACCUGCUCGUCGGCGGCCUCGGUGGCUUUGGCCUCGAGCUGGCAAACUGGCUGGUGUUCCGCGGCGCCAAGAACGUCAUCCUGACCUCCCGCAGCGGCGUCCGAACGGGCUACCAGUCGCUGUGCGUGCGCCGCUGGAGGGACGCAGGCGUCAACGUGAUCGUAUCCACUACCGACUGCAGCACCGCAGAGGGCGCAGUCAAACUGCUGAAGGAGGCGGCCACCCUUGGACCCAUCGGAGGCAUCUUUAACCUAGCUGCCGUUUUGCGCGACGCUUUCAUGGAGAAUCAGUCCUCAUCAGAGUAUGCGGCUGUGUACAAUCCCAAGGCCGGCACCACCGUGCAGCUGGACAUCGCUUCUCGAAAAAUGUGUCCCGAGCUGGACUACUUUGUCGUCUUCUCGAGCGUGAGUUGCGGCCGCGGCAACGCUGGCCAGAGCAACUACGGGCUAGCCAACUCGGUGCUGGAGCGCAUCUGCGAACAGCGCCAGCAGAGCUGCCUGCCCGGCCUGGCAAUCCAGUGGGGCGCCAUCGGCGACGUCGGUCUCAUCAUGGACGCCAUGGGUGGAAACAACGAGAGCGAAGUCGGUGGCACCAAGCCGCAGCGGCUCGUCUCGUGUCUGCAGGCCUUCGACCUCUUCCUGCAGCAGCCUGAGCCGGUCCUCGCCAGCAUGCUUCUCGCGGACAAACGAGGAAAUGCGGGCGGUAACUCCGGAGUCAGUCUCGUUCAGGCCGUCGCUAACAUUCUUGGUGUCAAAGAUCCAAGCACUGUAAGCCAAUCCGCCAGCCUGGCUGACCUGGGAAUGGACUCUCUGAUGGGCGCCGAAAUCAAGCAGACGCUUGAGCGAGGAUUUGAUCUGGUGCUGAGCGCCCAAGACAUCAGGGGCCUGAACUUCGCCAAACUUAACGCCCUGCAGAGCCCUGGAGGUGCCGAACAGCCUGCUGUGCCCGCAACCAACAACGCCGCAACCACCAACGGAAACCACGCACCAGGCAGCAAUGAUGAUAGUUUGGUGCAAAUCGAUAUGGAGCAGAUAAUGCCAAAGGAGGUGCUGACCAAGAUCCCAAGCAAGUGCAAAGACGGCAAGGGCCAACCGCUGUUCAUCGUCCACCCCAUUGAAGGUGUCGUCAGCGCUCUGAAGAUCUUGGCUUCCAAAUUGGACAUGCCUGUUUACGGCCUGCAGUGCACCGCUGAGGCGCCUCUUACUUCCAUCACAGACCUUGCUGCUUUCUAUGUUAAGGCGGUUAAGAAGUUCAGUCCAAAGGGGCCAUAUUCACUGGCAGGAUAUUCAUUCGGAGCUUGCGUGGCCUUUGAAAUGGGCGUCCAGCUGGAGAAAUUGGGAGAAAAGGUGAAAUUGGCCUUGCUGGACGGCUCACCGUCCUAUGUUGCGGCGCACACUGGCAACUACAAGGCUCGGCAGGCUCGCUCCACCUCUCCUCAAAGAGCAGAAGUGCAGGAAGCAGACGCGCUCACGUUCUUUGUUUCACAGUUCAAGGAAAUUGACGCCCAAAAGGUAAAGGACGACCUUGUCUCCCUACCUUCUCUGGAAGCGCGUUUAGCCAGGGUAUCAUCAAUGAUUGCCGGAAACAAGGGCAACAAGGUGGUGUCUGAAAUCAACCAGGCCGCUGAAUCCUUCUACAAAAAACUGAUCGUGGCCGAUUCUUACAAGCCCUCUGGCAAAUUUGGAGGAGACACAACGCUCCUCAGGGUUGAUGGAAACUAUCUCUCUUUGUCUGACGACUACGGACUCUCUAAUGUUUGCAAGAAGAAGGUGGUGGUUCAUACAAUCAAGGGCAACCACAGGGAUCUGGUUCAAAAUAGUUCAUCUACGACAGCCAGCUUCAUCAACAAAAUGCUGUCAAAUUCUAGCUAGACUGUAUUUAGUUAGAUUCUUUCUCAUUGACUAAAAUUCUCAAGUAGAAAAGACACAGAUGCUUUUAAAGUGCAUUCCUAUUUAUUUUUAUGUAUUUGUAAAUAUUGAAACAAAUUCUCUUUUAUAUUUUUUGUUAAUUUUAUAGGUUUAAGUCCCUUGCAAAAGAAAUAAAAAGUUGAUUGAGUACCAAAACAAA